CUUCAUAUGUUGUGUAGACAAAUACGCACACAAACAAAAGAUAAGGCCUUCAACUCCCUCAUCCUUUCUCUCUCUCGAUUUCUUCUGCACACCCACAUCAAAAUCAAAGCAUCUCCUUCCAUCUCAAACACACAUACAUCAGACUACAUCCCCACCCCCUCACCUCUUCACAUCCACUCAACCACCGCCCUCGAUCCAGAAACGGACCGCCGCCACCACCACCGUCCGGUGGUGGCACGACUACGAGACAGGAGAGAGAGACUGGAGCGAAGAGAGAGAAGCACAGAGAGAGAAAGAUCAAGGGAGAUCGAGAGAGAGAGAGGAGCUGACGCCGCCACUCACGGUGGCAGAAGUGGAGCUGUUUGCUGUGGUCCCCGACGGCUCGACUCAUGGUGGCUCUCGACUCACAGCGCCGACGAGAUAUGGAAGAGGGAGAUAGAGUGACGAUGUGCCUGUCGAUAGUGAUGGUGGUGCUUGACCGUUCCCGUAACAGCUCGACUCUAAAACUUUCGUCUUGUUGGUUUUUGGAAGUGGUGGAGGUAGAGCCGCGACGAUGGUGGUGGCUAACGGAGGUGGUCGACGACGGCGGUACAGCCGCCGGAGUUCACAGUGGCGGCGAUGGUGGGGCCGGCCGACGGCAGUGGUGGUGGUUCAGGUCAGCUUUUGAAGCGAGUCAGGUCAACUCAGUCGGGUCAAACCCGGUUCAGCAGGCUCAGUUUGGUUCAAAAAUUUCAGUUCAAGCUACACCAUGGUUCGGACUCACUUCGUUUUGGUUCGGGCUCGCGACACGGUCAAAGUCAGUCAACAAAAGUCAACUUGUCAAAUCCCAGUCAACGGCAGUCAAACUGUCCGAUGUUUCGACAUGAAAGAAUUGGUAAAGAUAACGCCGCGUUUAUAAUUUUGAUAAUGAUUGUUUUAUUUUCGUGAUGUCGAGCUCUCGAACUGAAUGAUAGAAUCACAUAUAUGUAUAUAGCUUACAGUUUCAUAUAUUAUCUUGUUUUAUAACUUGUGUUUAUAAAUAUAUUGUUUGAAUCU